AUGGGUAACGGUGCCAAGGCCAAUCAGAAGCGUGAGCGCAACCUGAAGCAAGGAAAGGCUGCUCCUAAGUCUCAGAACAAGACUAACGAGCAAGCUAUGAGCAUUCAAUGCCAAACUUGCAAACAGACUUUCCUCCAGACCACCAAGGCCCCUGCUCUCCUCGAGCAUGCCUCCAACAAGCACAACAAAGGCCUGGCUGAUUGCUUCCCUGGUGUUACCGCUUAA